UAAUUUGGAAAUAGAACAAGUAAAUGAAAUAAAAUAUUUAGGAGUACACCUAGAUGCUCAUUUUAAAUGGGAUACCCAUAUUACUCACUUAAGUAAAAAAAUUAGAAGAAUGUUCUAUUCAUUUAAGCAAUUAAAUAAUAUUUUAAAUGAAAAACAAAUACAGAUUGCUUACUAUGGACUUGUAAACUCGGUACUGGGAUAUGGGAUCUUAGCCUGGGGAGGCAUACUUAAAACGCAUUUGAAUAACCUGGAAAGGGUACAUAAAAGAAUUGUAAAAAUAAUGUUUAAAAAAGAUUUGUACUACUCGGGUAACCAACUUUUGCAAGAAAAAAACAUAUUAAAUGUUAGACAAAUAUAUGCCCAACAAUUAAUAAAGUGGCAAUUUAAAAACGAAAAAUACACCAAAACUCAUGCAUAUAAUACAAAGGGCAGCAUAAAUAUUACAACAAAAAAAGCAACAAAAACUAUUGGAACAAAAUCUCAUACUUAUUUAGCUCCCAGACUGUACAAUUUUUUACCUAUCUCUUUAACAAAUACUAAAUACAUAACAAAUAAAAAAAUUAAAGUCUGGUUAUUUAAACAAUCUCCACAUAAAAUUGAAAAUUUUAUUGAAAAUGGGACCUUCUCUUAGGUUUGAUAUGACAUAUUUU